AUUUAUAAUGAUUUAGUUUAGAAGAAAGUAUAAUAUACAUUCUAUUCUCUUUUGGAGCUUUUUUCUUAUUCAUCGUAGUAGACCUACUUGAAUAUUAUUUAUAGAUUUCUACUCUUGCGAAGCUUUAUUUCUUUAUUCUAUUUCAAUUUUGACAACGAACUAAAUAAGUCUUUAACAGCCCAGUGAUGGACUUUCAAACGAAAAUGAAAGUAGUGGAUCUAAUCCUCAAAGUGGCAUGUCUGUACAAGGUACUCAUGAAGUGAGAAAUAUUGACUGCAUCGAAUUGGGAAGAUAUAGAAUAACCCCUUGGUAUUUCUCGCCCUAUCCAAAAGAAUUUUCAAAGAUACCUGUCGUUUAUAUAUGCGAAUUCUGUUUAAAAUACACGGAUAGCGAAUGUCGUUUGAGAAGACAUCUUUCUAAGUGUUUAUUUAGACAUCCUCCAGGAAAUGAAAUAUAUAGAAAAGACAAGUUGUCUUUUUUCGAAAUAGACGGAAGGAAGAACAAGACUUAUGCAAGAAAUUUAUGUCUAUUAGCCAAAUUGUUCUUAGAUCACAAAACUUUAUACUUUGAUACCGACCCUUUUCUUUUCUAUAUUCUUUGUGAACUUGACGAAUAUGGAUUUCAUAUUGUUGGAUAUUUCUCAAAAGAAAAAGAAUCUGCAUCAGAUUUUAAUGUUGCUUGUAUAUUAACUCUACCACCGUAUCAGCGUAAAGGUUACGGAAGAUUUUUAAUAGAAUUUAGUUACGCCUUAUCAAAGGUUGAAGGCAAGAGUGGAACUCCAGAGAAGCCUUUAUCAGAUUUGGGUCUACUGUCCUAUCGAAGUUACUGGUCUCACGCAAUCGUCGAUACCAUAAUGAAACAUAACGAGAUAAAAUCCGGUAGUCAGAGGCCUUCGCUGAGUGUCAAUGAUAUCGUGGAGAGAACAGCUAUAAAGAAGGAUGACACUCAUGAGGCAAAUGCUAAGAAGAAGAGCUUGCACAUUGAUGUCAACUGCUUAAAGUGGAGAUCGAAAUAUUCGCCAGCAUAUUCUUAG